AAAGUUUGAAACCAAAAGAACCGCUCUUUUACUCGUAACCCUAAUUUCAAAAUCCUCUUCACUGCUACUAUUCCCCUGUAAAGCUCUCUCCUCUAAUCGACAAAAUCUGGGUUUCUCCUCUCUCUCUCUCAACAAAAUCAAAGUUUCAGAUAUGGAUAUUAGUUUUACCACAAAAGAAACAGAAUCAGAGAAGAAGGUUGACUCAUCCUUGUGGCCACAUCAUUCUAAGUCAUCAAUAGCAGAUAUAUUAACAGAGAUUAAUCAGAAUGUUCAAAGCAUGCUAAGCUUGAUUGAAGAUGACGAAACCGAGUCAACAGAGAAGUUUCUUUGCUUAUAUCAGUCUCUUGGUGAGACUUACAACGAUUUGAACCAAGAGCUUCUCAAUGGCCUUCUCAAAUUUGAUUUUAACAUGCCUUGUUCAGACCACAAAAACAAUGCCUCUUCCCUUGCAGCAACUCCACUUAGCUCCUUUAAGUCAGGAGCCUCUCUUAAGAACCAACUGGUCUCACCAACGAGUAGCAGCGAGAUGUUGCAGAGCUUGAAAGGAAACGGUGAGGUUGAGAAGAACUACUCUGCAUAUUUGCUUGCUGAUAUGUUUUGUGCUGAGCUUGAAACUGCACAGAGAGAGUUAGAAGCAAGGAACAUAGACAUUGAAACUGAGAAAAGUCGUGUGAAUGAUUUAGAAAGUAAGCUAUCGGAUUCAAGUCAAAAGAUUGAGAGUUUAGAAAGCGAGCUCGACGUGGUUAAAGAGAGUUUAGGUGUAUCAGAAGCAGAGGUUUCAAAGCUGUGGGAUUUGUUGAAUGAAUACAAGACCGAGAAAGCGAAUCUGCAGAGUGGUAAUGCUGCUGACUUGUUAGAUAGCCUAAGAGCAGAGUUGAGAUCAAGAGAUAUCCAGAUUGAGCAGAUGGAGGAGUAUCUGAACCAGGUGUGUCUUAAAGACAAUGAAUCAGGAACCGACAAGAAUGUUGUGGAAGAACUGAGGGGUAGAGUUGAAGUGCUGGAGAAACAAGUGGAGUUGCAGAGAAAUGUGAUAAAAGAACGAGAGGAAGAGAAAAGAGAGGCUAUAAGACAGCUCUGUUUCUCACUUGAUCAUUACAUGAACAGAGAUAUUUAGAGCUUGUAAGAUCAGUUUCAGACAAGAACAAAGAAAUCAAACGCAACUUUCGUGACUCCUCACUUAUAAUAUUAGCCGUCGACGAGUUGUCACUAAGUACAAUAGCGAGCGAAUCACUGAAG